AUGGAAUCUACCUUUUCCAACGUGCAUCCUCAUGUUGAAAGGGCUUUGCACACUCUCUUCAAGCGUAACUGCGUCGACUGUCCUGGAACCACCCCUUCUUGCCCCUCGUGUUCCGGAGGCAAAGUCUGCUCACUAGUCCCUCAAUCUUGCGACACUUGCGCAUACACAACUUGCGUCGUCUCCAACGAUGCCCCAUCACAACACUCUGGUCCCAAUGUCGGUGCCAUUGCCGGAGGAGUAAUAGGAGGCGUCUUCUUCAUCGGUCUUAUCGUCUUUGCCUUUUACUGGUUUGUGAUACGACCGCGCCGCGUAAGAUUGGAAGAAGAAUGGGAAGAGGAGGAUGAAGCAGAGAACCGCAAGUCCAACUUCAACAUGCACAGAUCCGAACGCGCGUCGGUACAUACUGUGCACUCGGUCGCCAACAGCAUCCUCAGCCGCGCUUCCAACUUCAUCCCUAUCGCAUACAUUCCUGGAGUCAUGAACAGAAACGGCAACCAAGAACAUGUUCCUCCUGUGCCGCCGAUCCCUGCUGCUCAUGGCCCACCUGUCAGCGGUCAUUCGUCUAAUGGAGAAGCUCUGUUCUUUAGCCCUGCCGACCUUCGCGACUCGACAUACUCGGAUUCGUCUUCAUUGGACAACCGCAGCACUUUCUUCGGUCGACCCAGUAUUACACCCUCACUCGCUCGCAGCAGCAUUGCCACCUACCGCGACGAUGCCGUGGUGAACCCCAUGCCCGCCCAAACCGUUCUACGCGGAAAAGCAAACGUCGUCAGCGUAAAGAGUGGAAACAGUGGCACACCAACCUCAACACCACCUCAAACCACUCCCGCCGAUGAAAUCGCAAACCCACUAAACAGAAGCGCCAGCGGCAGAAAACUAAACAUUGUCAUGCCGACUUCAGUCGAUGCCAUCAGACCCGGCUCCUCAAACUCGAACUCCUCACAACAAACCCUUAGCAGUGCAAGCUAUGGCAAGCCCACUUUACUCACUAUUCCCAAUUUCGCCUGA